AUGUCUUCAUUGAAAGAGUUAGAACAGUUCAAUUGCGGUCUACGAACCACGAACUAUCCAGCUAUCAAAAAUGCACCAUUGCCGGCUGAUGGUCCAGGGUCCAAGCACUUCAACAACUGGAUUCUCUUGUCCAUUAUGUUAGGUGUUCCUUUCUAUAUCACUAGAAGACUUGGAUUGGGCCUAUACAGUUUUGUCUUUUUGUUUGCAUUGUUAGCAAUUCCAAUUCUGAUGGCCUGGUGGACUGUUCUGUCGACCUACUCCCCAAGGCUCAAUGAAAAGGUCAAAUUGCCAAACAUGGGUGUUCAAUACUACCUUGAAUUCCAUGACGAUGAACUUAAGAAUAAAUACAAGGAUCAGCAGAAAAUCCCAAUGGAGACUUUCCACAAUCUUUAUUUUGAAGGAAAGGUGUCUUUUAAAGGUGAUGCCUUGGACGUCAUGGAAUACAGACACGAUUGGGCUUCGUUCAGAUUUACCUUGAGCUUGUUCAAAUUCUUCCUGUUUGGCAUGAUUCCAGAAGUCAUCAUGCAUACCAAAUCGCAGGAUGAGGAACAAGUGAGAGAUCACUAUGACAGGGGCGAUGAUUUUUACUCCUGGUUCUUAGGCCCAAGAAUGAUUUACACCUCUGGUAUCAUCACUGAAAUUGAGAAAAAUGAGACUCUUGAGGAACUUCAAGACAACAAGUUGAAAGUCGUCUGUGAGAAGAUCGGUUUGAAAAAAGGUGACAAGAUGCUUGAUCUCGGAUGCGGAUGGGGUACUCUUGCUUGUUUUGCUUCUUCGCAAUACGGGGCAGAGGUCACUGGUGUCACAUUGGGCAAGAACCAAACCAAAUAUGGUAACGAGAAGUUAGCUUCUUACGGUGUUUCUCCUGACCAAUCCCGCAUCGUGUGCUGUGACUAUAGAGAUUCACCAAUGCCUAAAGAGGAGGGCAAGAAAUACGACAAGAUCACCUGUUUGGAAAUGGCGGAACACGUUGGUGUUAGAAAGUUUUCUUCAUUCCUGCGCCAAGUUUAUGACAUGUUGGAUGAUGAUGGUGUCUUCUUCUUGCAAUAUGCCGGAUUGAGAAAAUCAUGGCAAUACGAGGACUUGAUAUGGGGCCUAUUCAUGAACAAAUACAUUUUCCCUGGCGCUGACGCCUCAACUCCUUUAGAUUUUGUGAUUUCUGCUUUAGAAGGAACUGGAUUUGAGACAGUUAGUGUUGACAACAUCGGUGUUCAUUACUCCGCUACAUUAUACAGGUGGUACAAAAACUGGUUGGCCAACAAGGAGGAAGUGAUCUCCAAAUACGGUAUCAAAUGGUACAGAAUUUGGGAAUUCUUCCUUUCUUACUCCACUAUUAUUGCCAGACAAGGUUCUGCUACCUGUUAUCAAAUUGUGCUCAGAAAGAACAUCAACUCUUACCACAGAAUUGAAGACGUUCCUCGGCAAGAGGGUCUGCUUGCUCCAGCUUCCAGGCUUGAGAAAUGGGCCAAAUAG